AUGAAGACUUUACUGAGAUCACAGAUCCUCACGUCCUUCUGGAGACGUCAGGGACCUCCUGGGGCCCUUCAUAGACACGGUCGGCUGCUUGGUGCUCCCAUUUCUGCAAAGUACAGAGUCCUCCAGAGCCACGGGGAGCAGCAACUGCCAGAGCACUUUAACUACGCCAGUGAUGUGCUAGAUAAAUGGUCCCAAGUGGAAAAGGAUGGAAAGAGACCUCCCAACCCAGCGUUCUGGUGGAUAAACGGCAGAGGAGGUGAAGUCAGGUGGAGUUUUGAGGAGCUGGGAGCCCUGUCCAGGAAAGCGGCCAACGUUCUCUCGGACCACUGCGGGCUGCGAAAAGGAGACAGGCUCAUCAUCAUUCUCCCCCGGAUCCCAGAAUGGUGGUUGGUGACUGUGGCGUGCAUGAGGACAGGCGUCGUUGCCAUCCCCGGGACAUCCCAGUUGACAGCCAAAGACAUCCAGUACAGGCUCCAGGCUUCCCGGGCCAGAUGCAUCAUCACUACGGAUGCUCUAGCACCUGCCGUGGACUCUGUGGCGGCCGAGUGCCCCUUCCUGGAAACCAAACUGAUGGUGUCUGAAGGCAAGAGAGACGGGUGGCUGAACUUCAGUGGCCUCUGCAAAGAGGCCUCUGCUGACCACACCUGUGUGAAAACAAAACUUCAAGACCCAAUGGUGACUUUUUUUACCAGUGGAACAACAGGUGCACCCAAGAUGGUUGAGCAUUCUCAAGGAAGCAUGGGUUUCAGACCCAUCAGGCAUGACAGAUACUGGCUGGACUUAACACCAUCGGAUACGAUGUGGUGCACAACAGAUACCGGCUGGGUGGUUGCUUCAAUAGGAUCUCUCUUUGACCCCUGGGCUCUUGGGUCCUGUGUCUUUGUCCACCACUUGCCACAAGUGGAUUCAACCACCCUCCUGAAUACUCUCUCCCGAUUUCCCGUUACUGCCAUAUUGGGCGUUCCGACCUUGUUCCGCAUGUUGGUGCAAAGUGAUCUUACCAGCUACAAGUUCAUGAGUCUGAAGUACUGUCUAAGUGGAGGGGAGCCGCUGAACCCUGAAGUGAUGGAGCAGUGGAAAACCAAGACAGGGCUGGACAUCUAUGAAAUGUACGGGCAGACAGAAACGGAUAACCCGGAGAAAACGGCUGCAACGGAACGGGGUUCUUUUUACAUUACAGGGGACCGAGGAAGGAAGGACGAGGAUGGAUACAUUUGGUUUGUUGGAAGAGAUGACGAUAUCAUGAAUUCUGCAGGGUAUCGCAUCGGACCAUUUGAAGUGGAAAGUGCUCUAUUAGAGCACCCAGCAGUGGCAGAAGCCGCUGCCGUCAGCAGCCCGGACCCGUUCAGGGGAGAGGUAGUGAAGGCUUUUAUCGUCUUGUCCUUGAACUAUACAUCCCAAGAUAAGGAAAAAUUAACUCGCGAGCUUCAAGAACAUGUCAAGAAGGUUACCGCUCCAUACAAAUAUCCAAGGAAAGUGGAAUUUGUCCGAGAAUUGCCAAAGACGAUCACAGGGAAAAUCAGAAGGAAUGAGUUAAGGAAGAAAGAAUGGGGAGAUGUUUGA